GCCGUUGCCCCCGCUGGUUGAAGCCGGGGGCGGCGCGACGUCGGCCCCCGGGGCUCCCGUGUUGUCGGCCUCCCGGUCCCGCUCCCGAUCCCGCUCCGGCCGGCUCGUGACGCGAUGGAUUCGGUGCAGAGCAGCUCCAGCGGCGGGGCGGCCAAGUUCGGCAAGGCGCGUUCCCUGCUGAAGUUGUUGCAGAAAAUCCUGAAGCCAUCUGAUAAAGGAACUGAACUAUCUGCUGACAUCCACAGUUUAGUCCCCUGUGGAGAUGUGGUUGGUUGCCUGGCUGUUCAUGUGAAGGUGUGCAAAGAUUUUACAUCAAAAUUCAAUGUACAGCAGAAUACAAACUUGCUGCUUCGCAUUAGUGUUAAUGAAGUCAUGAAAUGCACAAAUUCACAGACUUUCAAAUCACAGUUAAAGAAGAGCAGAAAGGACAUGGUGAUUCAUUUUGAAGAUGUGAAAUAUUUUUCUGUACAGGUUCCAAGGCGGCAACAGGAUGAGCGGAAUAGGAUUAUUCUAGAAUUGGUAGGAUUUCAAGGUCCAAAAGACUUUCCAAGGUUGCUGGGUAGUGCAACUGUACACCUUUAUGAAGUCAUUAAGAAAGGCCACUUCAUUGAAGUAUGUGCCAUGAGGAUUGGAAACAUGCACUUUCAGGUUUUCUGCACAUUGGAAGUGGAGUUUAUGUUCUGUUAUGGAAGUUUCGGAUAUGGCUACUCGCACCAGCUGAAACUUUCUGAGGCAGAUCUUCAGAAGACCACUAAACAUUCCAUGUUUAUUCGUAUUCCACCACCUGAAGACAGAACAGAUCCUCAAAGUAAUAUUACCAUAGCACAACACCUGGGAUACCCAGCAUUCUUAUCCCCAGAUCUGAAUGUGAGAGAAGAGACUCACGAGAAGGAUAUUCCUACAACAUCUGGUGUGCCUUCUGAUGGUUUAGAAAUGCUUCAGAGUGUUCUGAAUAGAAUGUCUCCUCGAAACAGGUUGGAAAAAAUGAAAAAGGAGUAUCGGGGUCUGAAAACAUGGCCCGAAAAGGCUGAGUAUUUAGACCAACUCAUCAUGAAAAGAGGACCUAAAAUGACAACAGAGGGGACUACGGCUUCUCGCUUCAGGGAAAUGGUUGGAAAGAUACAACAUGUUACUGAGGAAGGAAUUGGAAGGUGUUCUGACACAUCAGUUAAAGAUGAUUCACAGUUACAGGAAGAACAGCUGUUUGGAUUUGAGACUGAACCCAGAAAGGAUUUUGACCUGCCCUUGAGAACUGCAGAGACCAUAUUGAGAAUUGUGGAAACAGAUUUAAGUGAUGCCCAGGAACAUUCAGAAUCUGAAGAAAAUCUUCUUUCUGUUCCCAGAGAGACUGGAAUAUCUGCAUCUACUAUUUCUCAAAAACUGCCAACUAAGAAAGUAUCUGAAAAUCUGACGAGGAAAUCUUCAGAAGAUCAAGGCAAAAUUGUGGACUCGGAAAGUAUUAUUGCUAUACCUCUAGAGAGGGAAACAAAACUGGGAAAUAAUCAUGGCAAAGAAGAAAUAGAAGAUUUGGAACCAGCAGGCAUAUCUUCAAAGAGGCCUGAUCUAUCAGGUUCAGAAGAUUAUCCAGUAAUACAAAUACAGUACCAGCAACCUAUUCUUAGUGAAGACAAGUUUGAACCUUUUUUGGGACAUGUAGGUAGAACACAAUCAAGUGCACAGAAUGAAAAGAAAGAAGAUCAAGAAGUGCCUAUUUUCACUCUUCUGAAAAACAAACUUUCAUGUGCAGACAUUAAAGAAGACCAGGAUCCACCUGUCAAGGCAUCUUCAACAUUUGCAGCAAGAAGUUCAGAUAUUAAUUUAAGCAAGAACAGUCAGCACCUGUUCAUAUUAAAACUUGUAGAAUCAAAGAUGGAAUUAGAGGAGGAUGGGAUUAGCUUUAAAGAAGAGUCCCCAAGAGUGGCUAAAAGAACAGAUUUGCCUGAGAAAUGGCAAGAGGAGAGGCUUUCAGAAACAGAAAUAGUACGUCUAAACUCUUUUUUAAGUAAAACUCUUGAAGACUUUCUUAUAGAUAGACUUGUAAAAAUAAUAAUGCUAAAAUCUGUUUUAAGCAAAAAUCUUGAAGGGUUUAUCUCAGAGAAACUUUCAGAAAUGGGGAUAGUCACAAAGAUAGAAUUAGGAGAAGAAUACCAGAACCUACAUAGUAUUAUUGAUGGAUCACCAGUUGUUUUAGAGAGAGAGUUACUUGAAAAAGGAAAAGAUAUUUCCAGGGAAAGGUUUUCAGAAGCAGAAAUAAUAAAUUUAAAAUCUGUUUUGAGUAAAAACCUGCAAGAUCGUCUCAGAGAGAGAUUUUCUGAAACAGGGAAAAUCAGAGAUUUGGAGUUAGGAAAGCAGCACCAGAACCUAUCAUUACAGGGAAUUACAGAUAGAUCACCAGUGGUUUUGGAGACAGAUUUAGCUGAGAAAAUGCAUGAUAGUUGUGAGGAGAAACCUUCAGAAAUGGAAAUAAGUCUUAAAUCUGUUGUAAACCAAAAUCUACAAUAUCUUCCCAUAGAGAGGCUUUUAGAAACAAGGCUAAUUGAAGAGGUGAAGUUGGGAAAGGAACACACAAACUUUUCUUUGUCAAGGAUUGAUGAGAGACAACUGAAGCCUGAGGCAGAUUUAUCAAAGAAGAAGAAUGGUCAAUCUAAGGAAGAAUGUUCAGAAUCUGAAAUAAUAAAAUAUCUAAGUCAAAACCUACAAAGCUGUGCCAUAGAGAGACAUUCACAAACAGGGAUAAACACAGAGAUGGAGUUAGGAAAGGAGCACCCAAAUCACUCAUUGAAGAUCAUCAAAGUCAAAUUGCCAAUGGUUAUGGAGACAAAUUCACCUAGGAUAGGACAAGAUUAUCACAAGCAGAGGUUUUCAGAACAACAAAUAAAUCUAAAAUCUGCUUCAGACAAAACUCUCCAAGAUUCUCACAUAGAAAGACUUUUGGCAACAGAAAUAAUGAGUCUAAAGGAUUUUUUAAACAAAUGUCUCCAAGAUCAUCUUCUAGAGAAACUUUCAGAAACAGGAUUAAUCACAAAAGAGGAAUUGGAGACAGUACUUCAGAACAAUUCCUUGCUGAACAUUCUGGAAUGUUCCAAUGUUCCAAUAGCAUUGGAGACAGAAUUACACAAUAUAAGCCAAAUUCAUUCUGGUGGAAGUCUUGCUAAACCACAUAUAAUAAAAGGAGAACCUGUUUUAAGUGGACAUAUACAGGACUUCCUUCUUGAGGUACUCUCAGAAACAGAAAUAAUGAAUCUAAAGUCAUUUUUAAGCAAAAAGAUCCAAGACCAUAUUGUAGAACGACUCUCUGAAAUAGGGUUGAUCACAGAGGAAGAAUUAAGAAAGAUACACCACAAUUUGUUUGUGCUGAGAGCUAACGGAAGACUGUCAUGGGAUGUGGAAGCAGAUUUACCUGGGGAAGAGCAAAAUCUAAGUCUAAAAUCUCUUUUAACCAAAAACCUUAAAGAUGGACUUUCAGAAACAAAACUAGUACAUCUAAAGUCUCUUUUAAGCAAAAUACUGAAGGAAGGUCAUAGAGACAAACUUUCUGAAACAGAAAUAAAAAGUCUAAAAUCUGUUUUAAGCAACAAUUUGCAAAACCUUCCUAUAGAAAGUGCUUCAGAAACUGGGUUAAUCAAUGAGAUAGAAUUAGAGGAAGUAUGCCAGAAUGCUAAAGGAAAACCACUGAUAGUUAUUGAUACAGAUAUACUUGAGAGAGGGCAAUAUCAUUCUAAGCAGAGUCUUGAUAAAUUCAGAAUAAUAAAUGAAAAGCCUAUUUUAAGAAAAGAGAAAUUCGAACUUCCUGUAGAGAAUGUUCCAGGACAAGUAACAUGUGUGAUGGAAAAUGUAAUCAAUGAAACCAAAACCAAUAGUGUAAUACACCUUCCUCAAAAAAAUACUUUAGAAAAAGAGAGUCAAGACCCACAACGUUGUUUUGGUAAAGCAGAAGUAGCAUAUUCAAACACAGAUUUUGACAAAUCAUUAAAACCAAAGCCCCUGAAUGAGACUUUGAGGGGAACACAUGAGACAAUAGACUCACCUUCCUUAGGUGCCCAUGAUAUUGCUAUCCAAACAGAACUUAAGGAAUAUCUCUGCAAACCAACACUUUCCUUUCCCGUAAACCCUCAAACAUUUAUCUUUGUACAUUCAGGGUCUGAGGAAGAAACUAAGUCAUCAGACAAGUCUCAUGAGAAGUCAAAAGGCAAAAAAAAACAUGCUAAGCAUUCUAAGAAGCAUGUUGCAUCACGCUGCCCACCCCAGGGACAAGUAUUAAUGUGCACACAGUUUAAAAAGGAAAAACAAACUGGUUUGAAUAACUGUAAGGAGAUCUUAAAGGAAAAACAUAGAAAACAUUCUGAACCACCACGUCCCAGAUCAUGUGUUUCAGAAGCCAAGAAGGAUUCAAAAAACUCUACAGUCUCAAACAUUUUGAAAAAGGAAAGCCUGAAGCAGAAAGCUGAGCAAGAAACAGAGAAUGAUGGGAGACCAAAGAAAUCACUUAGCAAGUCUAUUAAGAUACCAACAGCCACAGUGUCUGAACCACAGCUACAGCACUUGGCAAAAGCAUUGCAAGAAAAAUCAUACGCUUCCAAUGGACAUGAUGAAGGAUUAUGCCCCAUUGAAGGGUACAUGACCAAGGACUUUAAUACCCACAAGUCCUUCUCAGAUAAAGCCCAAAAGCACCAAAGGACACUCUAAUCCAGAAUCUCUUCCUGCAGAGGCUCUACAGGUGAGAGUAUGGAUGACUUUUUCCUAAAAAGGUCUCUCAAGCAUAUGUAGUAUGGCUGGCAAGCCUCCCUCAGUGCCAAGGCCUGAGUCAGACCUCCAGGCUGAAAGGAAGCUGUCUCCUUCUAAAAGGAGGAACAGUCUCUUUUAUUUGUUUGCUGGGAUUGACUUUAGUGGAACUGCCGAGGUGAGUAAGAUAUGAAGGAUUGGGCCCUGUUGUAUUAAGUUAGAUGGAAUAUAUGAGCUACUUGCUACCAUAACCCAAUCACUGUCCAAUAUUAAACAAUGUUAAACAAGGUUCUGCUUGGCACCAUAGCAAACAAACCAUUAAAAAUCCUUAUUAAAGAUACAGAAAAAAGGGAAAAACAGGUAAAGCCUUUGAAAUUUAAAGUAUUAAGAUUUUUAUUUGAACAUUUCUUGUUCCCUUUCCUUUUAGCUGGAGAGAGUUUUAGAAAUACCCUCCCUCCUACCUUGUUUGACAGUCUUUUAGAUUGUAUUAAGGAUGGAAUAACUGUUCUUUUGGGUAAAAGAAGUUGGUUAAGAUGGGCUAGAACUGCUGCUGUUAGCAUUUACUUGGAGCUAGUAGGGAUGGAUGUUUCCUGGGUCCUUCUCUCUGGCCUGAUCUGAUCAGCACAUCUCUCAGGAUUAGGAUGAUGAAGGCCCGGGGUCCCAGGAGGUGGUGGCGGGGAAGCCGUGAUGGUGAAAUUCAUCUCACUAGGCUGUCUGGUUUUCUCUCUUCCCCUCCAAAAGCCUUUCUUUAAGGACCCAAAAAGGGAGUGAUGAGUGGAAUAGCCAAUCCUUUUCUUAUUAUGUCCACCAAUUAGGCCUAAUAUUUGACACACCAAUUUUGGUUCAUUAAUUUUUGGUUCCACAUUAUCUGUUUUUUAUCAAGCAUGAUUUUAACUCAGUCCUUGAGUUAUAUCAAUGUGGCCUUUUUUGUUUGGACUUAGUUUUUUUGAUGGAUUUUUUUUUCACCUGUUUGUAACAUUCAUUAUUAAAAGCAAUUUAACUUACUUUUUAUUACCAUUUGUUGGUAUAGGUUAUUGUAACAGUUUAUGAACUUUUAUAUAUUUUUUCCAGUUAAGCUUACAAUUAAAGUGAAGUUGUAGGCCCAGUUAUUAGAACAGCCCUCAAUACUGAUUCAGUCAAAACUUCAACUGACUUGGUGAAAUUUGCUCUAAAUUAGAAAAAACUUGAGAUAUUUGGGUUGCUUGAGACUAUGGGUUGCUUAAGGUUACAUUUUAAAAACGUAAGUAAAUAGGUAAGAGUUAAUAUAGCUUUGUGAAAGGUAAAACUGGAGCUUGCCUGGUAUAACUAAGAGGAGAACUUGGCCAUUGUACCUGUUAGUUACCUUCUGUCUAUAUCAAUAGACAAUGAAACGUCUGGCCGAGAACAGAAUGUAAUCCACUGUAUUAAAACAAAUAUUUGGAUGUCUGUUUGAAAUGUGCUAGGUUAUCAUUACCAAGCCUAUUUCAGACAAUAGGGCCUACACUCUCUUUCUGUUUCUACACAUUUGUGUCAUAUUUAAUGUGUCUUGUUACAUUAAUUAUAUCUGUCAGGGUACUCACUACUGAAGAAGUGAUUGAAAGAAGUUGUUACUCACCUUGUGCAGUAACAAUGCUUCUUUGAGAUGUGUGUCCUUAUGGGUGCUCCAUUGUAGAUAUGUAAAACAUCCACUAGCUUGUGGUGUGACUUGGUUACCUCUUGUAGUGGUAUCUGUAAAGCUUCUGUUACUCUGUGUCAAGUCCUGGAACGGUUCAAAGUCAUCUGCCAUAGAUGGUGGAGGGAGCAUCACUGUCUCAUCUGGCGAUAAUGAUGAGACAUGGACUUGAGGGGUAACUUGCUCCUCAACUCCUCCUGUUCCUUCCUUGCCUUUUUAGGAGGUUCAGAAGCCCUUGCAGCAGCUGGAGGAGUGUUUUUCCUUGGUUUCUGGUAGGCCACACUAGAAUUACAGGAGGCCUAUUGUCUUUGAGCCUGUCAGGGAUCUCAGUAUGGCCAUUGCGAGGGUGGGAAAGGACUUGGUGGUUGGCACCAUGGCUAUCCAAACCAGGGAGGCUCUGGAUCAAAAGGACGAUAUCGCUGAGGUCCAUAGUGAAAUUGGGCACCAUACGUGGGAGACCAGAUCCUCUUGUUCACUUUCUGACUUGGAAGAUGAAAAGAGUGGGGCACAGCAAAUUGUCAGUGAGUCAAAGGCUCUGGGCGAACUCAGUAUCAGGGCCCUGGUACUGAGUAGAGGAGAGCCAAUGCAACAGACACCAAAAGAUGUGUUGUGCACCGGAAGUCCAGCUGUGCUGAAGGCGUUGGUACCAGUAGUGAUUGUCAAUACCGAAAGGCCUGUACUGACGGGGACGGUGAUGCGGACCUGAUAGUUUGAUCUGUUGGUGCCUGACAUACCACAGGUGGUACUGAUGUCCGAACUGUUGGAGCCUUCCCCGGGGCAGAUUUUCUAUCUUUCUCAUACCCUGAUGGUACUGGUGGUUCCUUGGCUGUGCCCACUGGGUCCUUGGGCAAUCUGAAGUACUCUGAGUACUGGAUUUAGAUGGCUUCGGUGCCAUCGGUACCAAUGAUACUGAUCAAGCUGGAGAUAGUUUUCGACUCAAUGGGGGCUCGCUAUGGGGACUCAAGGACCUUUUCUUAGAGGCCUUAUGUGAGUGGCUUGCGAGCAUCUUCUUGGGCUCGCCUCCCUUGGAAGUAGAGGGUUGUGGUGAGGUCUCCCUGUCAUGGCUCUGGUGAUUGAAGGGCUGACUCCUUAAGUAGGAAUUUGAGCCUCAGUUCUCUGUCCUUUCUGGAUCUGGGCUUCAGGUGUUGACACAAACCACACUUCUUCUUUGAGUGCUUAUUCAUGUCCAUGCCAAUCAGGUGUGUGCACGUGCGUGCACAGCAGCUGGAAACUUUUUCCCCUAGUAGCUUCUGUUGGGUUGGUGUGGGCACCCCCUGGAGCCACGCCUUCAUGGCACUCUAUAUAGAGCCCUUCUGACCCACCACCCCUUCAGUUCCUUCUUACCACUGGUGAUGGCUAGCUGGAACAACCUGUUGCUCUUGCUUUGCAAGCGUGUUUGGACAGUGUCAACUCUUAGUGUUUGUGAUGUUGCACUCCAUAUGUUUUUGGAAAUAUGCUUAUGAGUGUAAAUAUAAUGUAACUGGAAUAUGCUUUAUGCAAAAGGUCUCUUGUAAGGUAUCAUUAUAAAGCUUAUAAUCUACUGAGUGUGUUCAUCCUAUUUGUAUGAAGUAUCAUUCUUGUAUCUGAAGCUAGAAAUAUGAAGUAUUACUCUGAAGUCCUAUUGUAACUAUGCAAAAUGUGGGCCAUUAAUGGUGGCUUGGAAUCUUGUUGGUUCCCAUUAACUAGGACAAUUGGUGGUAAAUAGCUCUGUUUACCUAUAAGCCUUCCUGUAUAUGUGGGUGCCAGCCAACGAGUAAUGAAGUCUCACAGGGCAUGUGAACAUGUCACAUGAUACUGGAAUCCAUCUUAAACUUGGUGCUUUUCCAUUAAGAAGGAAGGGUCAGAACCCAGAGAGAGACACAGGAUUCCCGCCUUGUGCCAAAGAUAUAAAAGGGGGUGGAACAGAACAAAGGUGGCUGCAGUCAUGAGAAAACCCCUAGUUACCACCUGAGCUGGAACUAACAAGAACUGUACCAGGGGAAAGGAUUGGGCCCAGACUAAGAAGGAGUCUAGUGUGUGAAAGAAGCUUAUUGAAACAUCUCUGAAGCUGAGAUUUACCUGUAUUCAGUUUCUUAAAUGUAUUAGGCUUCGACUUGCAUGUUUUGUUUUAUUUUGCUUAGUAACUUAUUUUGUUCUUUCUGUUAUUACUUGAAACCACUUAAAUCCUACUUUUUGUACUUAAUAAAAUCACUUUUGUU